AUGUCGGCCGGCGACCAGCACUUCUUGGACGUGCUGUCAAAUGCUAUCCCACCCCAAGUCCGCCAGUACACCGACAAUAUUACCGGCAUAAUCGAAAAAAAUGUCGACCGCGCCGCCGAAGUUGUCAGGGAAAAUCUCUCAACGUCGCAAUGGAUACCCGAGUCUGUGAGGCCUACGCCUCCCUUGAAGCCCGUUGUCGAGGUCGUUUCCCUGUCUCGCGGCGAGAGGCUGGUAGACUGGGCGGUGAAGCAUAAAAUUUUGACGGGCAUCUUCGUGGUCGCGUGCGGAGCCGCCGUCUACAAGGGCUACCAGGCCACUCGAUCUUGCAGAAAGACGAGGAGAGCAAAGAGGGCUAGGAAUGGCGGCCGUACAGAGGUUAUCGUCGUCGCCGGCUCGCCGAGUCUGCCCUUGACAAGAUCUCUUGCUCUGGACAUGGAGAGGCGGGGAUUCAUGGUCUACAUUGUCUGCAACGCUGCCGAGGAUGAGGGCAUGGUCCUUGCCAUGAAGAGACCCGAUAUCCGACCCUUGAGUAUCGACACCACCGACCCACCCAAUGCCGGCGCUGCCAUCGAACAUUUUGCUCUCUUCCUCCAGUCCCCUCAAGCUCCUGGACCCGGAAUGAAGCCCAACCAGCUCACUCUGAAGUCUGUCAUUCUCAUCCCAAGUCUCCACUACCAGACUUCUCCUAUCGCCACUAUCCCCCCGUCCAGCUUUGCCGACCUGUUCAAUACCCACCUCCUCCAGCCGAUCCUCACAAUCCAGGCCUUCCUGCCCCUCCUCACCUCGCGCCUGAACCCCAUCGGGGAGAAAUGGGUCCCUCCCAAGGUCCUUGUGUUUACGCCUUCCAUCAUCUCGUCCAUUAACCCGCCUUUCCAUGCCCCCGAGGCGACUGUCUGCUCGGCCCUUUCUGCUUUUACCGAGGUUCUCACUGCCGAACUUCGACCUCUUGAUAUCCCCGUUACCCACAUGCAACUCGGCACCUUUGACUUUUCCAGCUUUGUGCCCGCUCGAGGCCAUGGACAGCAAGGCCUCAUCAAGUCUGGAAACCCCGAGUCACCUCUCGUCUGGCCUGAGGGUGCCCGACAUGUUUAUGCCAAAAACUUUGUGGCACAGACCAGCUCUGCCAUCUCGGGAGGCCGUAUCCGCGGUCUGAGGGGCAGCUCUCUGCGAAGCCUCCAUAACUCGGUCUUUGAUGUGAUCGAUGGCUCCAUCAUUGCUGACUCCGUGCGCGUCGGCCUUGGCGCCAGCGUCUACGGAUUCGUCGGACGAUGGGCCCCCAGAAGCCUCGUCUCGUGGAUGAUGGGAAUCCGCCGGGUGGAUGAGCUGUCCACCUGGAAGACGAGCUCGUACGAGGGCUCCGAGGCUGAUGAGGAGAGCGAGAACGGAGACGCCGAGGGAGGAGAGACGUCGACCGAGUUCGUCGCCGUUCCACCCGAGUCCAACGUUUGGGGUGGCGCUCAUGAAGCCGAGGGAGCUCUCUGGACCCCUCAGACGUCCGAGACCUCUUGA